UACUGUAAUGCAUUCAGGAUAUAGGUCUACGAUUUGGGGCUUUUGUUUUCCCUCAAGCCUUUGCUACAUUGUUAAUCGAGCAAUUUAUAUUUGCUCCUUGCUUGCUGUCAUUGUCAAUCAGGAACAAGAAAGCUGACCUCUGCCUUUCCUUCCUGUUGCCCAGCCUCUCCAGUGACAGCGGAGAAUGAUAGUCAGCUGGAGGACAAGCUCAACUUUGACUAUUGCAAAACAAAGUCUAUCAAGAAGACGUCACAGAAAACAGACAAAAGUCUUACUGAAGAAAUAUAAUGUCAACAUAAUAUCCUAUUUCUGUUUAUAACGUCAAAGUGCAUUAACAGCUCCAGGGUGCAACAUUUCAUUGUUAAACUGACUAGUGCAUAAAAAACACAGGACAAUUUUUAAAGAAUGACGACUUCAUGGAGUGACCGACUACAGAACUUUGCAGACCUGCCCGCCAACAUGGACAGACUGGCAAUGAAGAAAUACAGAAGAGAGCCCUAUCACAGAGUGUUUGUCAACAGAAGCUUGGCUAUGGAGAAGAUUAAAUGCUUUGGAUUUGAUAUGGAUUACACUUUAGCAGUGUACAAGUCACCAGAGUACGAGUCAUUAGGCUUUGAGCUCACAGUGGAGCGCCUGGUUUCCAUUGGUUACCCACAGGAGCUGCUCAGUUUUGUCUAUGAUCCAUCCUUUCCUACCAGAGGUCUUGUAUUUGACACUAUGUAUGGAAACCUGUUGAAGGUUGACGCAUAUGGUAAUAUACUUGUCUGUGUACAUGGAUUCAACUUUCUAAGAGGUCCUGAGAUUCGUGAAAGAUACCCAAACAAAUUCAUUCAGAGAGAUGAUACAGAACGCUUUUAUAUUCUAAACACACUUUUUAACCUCCCAGAGACCUACCUCUUUGCUUGUCUUGUGGACUUCUUCUCCAACUGUGACAGAUAUGCAAGUUGUGAAACGGGAUUCAAAGAUGGAGACCUGUUUAUGUCCUACAAGAGUAUGUUCCAGGAUGUCCGCGACGCUGUGGACUGGGUGCACUUCAAGGGCACACUGAAGGAAAAGACAGUAGAGAAUAUGGAGAAGUAUGUAGUAAAAGAUGGAAAGCUGCCUCUUCUCCUCAGUCGAAUGAAUGAAGUUGCCAAGGUGUUCCUGGCCACCAACAGCGACUACAAAUACACUGAUAAAAUCAUGACCUACUUGUUUGACUUUCCACAUGGGUCCAAGCCUGGUACAGCCCACCGACCUUGGAAGUCCUACUUUGACCUGAUCUUAGUGGAUGCCAGAAAGCCUCUGUUUUUUGGUGAGGGCACAGUGCUGAGACAAGUUGAUACGACAACUGGGCGUCUAAAAAUAGGGACAUACACUGGGCCUCUGCAGCAUGGUAUUGUCUAUUCUGGAGGCUCUUCAGAUAUUGUUUGUGAUUUACUUGGAGCUAAGGGUAAAGACAUUAUAUAUAUCGGGGACCACAUUUUUGGUGACAUCCUCAAAUCAAAGAAACGUCAAGGCUGGAGAACGUUCCUCGUCAUUCCAGAGCUCGCUCAGGAGCUGCAUGUAUGGACAGACAAGAGCUCUUUAUUUGAAGAACUGCAGGGUCUGGACAUAUUCUUGGCUGAGUUGUACAAGCAUUUGGACAGCAGCAGCAAUGAGAGGCCGGACAUCAGCACCAUCCAGAGAAGAGUCAAGAAAGUCACCCAUGAUAUGGACAUGUGCUAUGGCAUGAUGGGAAGUCUUUUCCGCAGUGGAUCCAGACAGACUCUUUUUGCCUCCCAGGUCAUGAGAUACGCCGACUUAUAUGCAGCAUCCUUCAUCAACCUCCUGUACUAUCCAUUCAGCUACCUGUUCAGAGCCGCUCAUGUACUGAUGCCACACGAAUCCACGGUUGAACACGCUCAUGUUGACAUGGACACAGAGUCACCGCUGGCCACACGAAACCGGACACACUGCAGCGACUGCAAAGACCUGGACUGUAAGCGCAACCAGUUCACCCGCUCCUUCAGUGAAAUCAAACCCCCAAAUCUGUUCGCCCAGACGCCCCAAGAGAUCACCCACUGUCACGACGAGGACGAUGAUGAAGAGGAGGAAGAGGAAGAAGAAGAGGAAGAAGAAGAAGAAGAAGAGGAGGAAGAAGAAUAAGCUGUCUGAGGGCCAAUACAACUUCAAUACAUUUACUUCAAAGUGUAAAUAUGAAUACGGUAUGCACAUUACAGAGGAUCAUUAGGAGAUCAUGUGACUGUAUGCAUGCAUGAUCGUCUGCCUUAUUUUGAACAAAACAGCAACCCUCUUGUAUUUUCCUUCUGCUCAUGGGUUUCUGUCACAUGACAUUCUCCUGCUAUGAAUGCAAUUUUGAGGACAUUUGACCUUUCAAAAGAUAAAUGUUUUGAACAGUUAAUUGCUAUGGCAACUGUACUAUUUUUUAUUACUUGGAAACCAUGGGUAAUACUUUGCAUAAAACCAACAUGACAUAUUUUAUUCAUAUUUUUACCUUUGACUUGGCAACACAGAACAUUUUUUUAUAAUGAAACUGACUUUUUAUGCAAGUUGGGAACAAAUGCAUACAUUUAUCAUACAUUUUUGUUAGUUUUUCUUUUGGCACUCAUUGAUGCAAGAAUUCAUGUGCUGUUGCAAUGUUCAAAGUGUUUAUGUGACCGCUAAAGCAGCAGACAGACAUUGCAAUGAUGAUAUUCUGAGGUACGUUGUACCAAACCAGCUAAUACUGGGUUUUUGAAAAGGCAGUGUUUCCAGGCAACACUUAGGUAAAGGUGAUAUUACUAUGAUAAUUGCCAUGACAACAUUUUAGCAACCUUGGAAAAAGGGAUCAGAUGUAGGGACACAAAAGCAAAACAGACAGUAUUAUGUCAUAGAAGAUUUUUUUUCACAUUAUCUUAAAAAUAGUUGGCUUUCCAAAUGCUUCAUCCUAAUCUGGUUUAACUAUGCCAGGCACGGGCACACCUAAGAUCAACCCAGGUCAAAAUAAGAUAGAAGCAAACGUGCACCAAUUAAAACAGAACUGACAGGUUUACAAACAUGCCUCCAAAUGUAACAGUAUCACAGUUUUAAAACUAUGGAACUUGUACAAAUGGGAUGUAUAGUGUAUUCCUUUCUGUGUGAAGUGAUUUUUGUAUCUUAUUGCAAGCAAGGGGUAUGUCUUACAUUGACAGUUUGAGUGAGGUGUGGAUGGAGGCAAAUCCAGUAUUCUCUAAAACCUUAAACACUGUGAUCUGUCCAGUUUAUUUUCCGCUUCAUUUGUGCUACAUUUUGGCUUUUAGUUUUCCUGGGCUGCAGUCUUUACCAGUCAUCUGUCGUAAUGCAUCAACGUUUUUAGCUUUUUGUCUCAUUUGGUUUUUCCUUCUGGGGUCAUCACUGUUAAUGAUUGGCUCCCUGUCGUGUAGUGAUUUGCCUGCGUACCUGACGCAGGAUGCUCUUUCUGAUGUAACCUUUUCCGUCUAUCCACACUUGGGAUGGACUUGAGUAUUUUCAGUCAGAUUUCAAUUAUAUUUUGUUUUUGAAUUUUCCUGAGUUUACUUAUUUGUCUGAACUUGUUUGAAUAAUCUUUACAUGUUGUAUUGGCCUAUAGCUUCAGGCCACAAAAGGGAAGGAACACGGUGUCUGCAUAUUUUGAGCUUGGUUUAAUGUGAAGUGGGAGAGGCAAGUUAGUUUUUCUUUGUGCGAUCGACCAUUCAACCUACAUUAUAUUACGGUUUGUCAUCCUUUUAUAUAGAUACAUUGUUUGUAUUGUCGAUUAUGACUGGGUAUUCUGGAUAUGCUACUUGAGGCAGCUGCAUUCAUUCAGUUCACUGUUGUUUCUGUGCAUACUUGGCAAAUGCAUGUCAAAUAACAAGAUCUUUAAUGCUGAUAUGACAGUGGCAUAGGUUUGCUGCAUUUAUGUCACUAUAGUUAACACAGAGGAGAACUACUGUACGAUACAAACCAUGAAGAAAAACAGCAUGUUAAGUAUGAAGCUACUUGUCAACACUAUGGGAUUAUUUUCUAAUGUAAUGUAGUGCUUUUAUUGGUCUUGGUUUACACAAGUGUAAAUAGACCUCCGUUUCUUUUUUCAUUUCUACACCAAUUUUGAUUAAUUUUUGUUAUAUUUUUAUAACUGAGUUUGGUAUGCUGGUUAUAUUUUAAAACAUUUAAUUGUGUAUACCAAAACAAUUCUGUUGUUUUAAAAUAAAGUGUUACCUUCAGUUUUAAUUCUAGGAACUACUGAUAUUCUUUUGUUUAUUUCCCCUUAGUUUAUCUCACAAACUGUAAAAUAUGAUAAAAAUAUAAUGUAAAUUAAACAUAGUUUUCCAAA